UGGAAGAGGGGACAGAGAAGAAGGAGGAGGUGAGGAGAGUAAUGCGGAGUGGGAUCAAGAGCUGGAUGGAGAGGACGAAGGAGGUGUGAGGAUGACAAGAACAGACACGCUUCACUCGACCACAAGUUCAACAGGAACGCAGAGAAAAAGAGGACAACACGCUAAGAAACAGGUGCAGGGCACUAAUCAGGUCCAGCGUGCUCCCCGGGCAUUAUAUUGUCUGAAACUCAACAACCCAAUCAGACGGGCUGCGCUCCAUAUUGUUGAGUGGAAGCCAUUUGACAUCUUCAUCCUGUUGGCCAUCUUUGCAAACUGUGUCGCCCUGGGAGUUUCCAAACCAUUUCCUGAGGAUGACUCCAACUCCACCAACCAUGAUCUGGAACAAGUGGAGUAUGUCUUCCUCAUCAUCUUCACCGUGGAGACCUUCCUAAAGAUCCUGGCCUACGGUCUGGUGAUGCACCCCAGCUCCUACAUCCGCAACGGCUGGAACUUGCUCGACUUUGUCAUCGUCAUAGUUGGCUUGUUCAGUGUUGUCCUGGAGACAAUGACUCAUAAGUCAAGUGGCGAGCAAGCAACAACCCAUCACAUGCCUGGGAAACCUGGAGGUCUGGAUGUCAAAGCUCUAAGAGCCUUCAGAGUCCUGCGGCCCCUCAGACUGGUUUCUGGAGUCCCCAGUCUGCAGAUUGUGUUGAACUCCAUCAUGAAGGCGAUGGUUCCUUUGCUUCACAUUGCUCUGCUGGUUCUCUUCGUCAUCAUCAUCUAUGCCAUCAUCGGUCUGGAGCUCUUCAUCGGACGCAUGCACAGGACCUGCUACUAUAUAGGAACCGAUAAUUAUGUGGAGGAUGACCCGGUGCCGUGUGCGUUUGCUGGUCAUGGCCGUCAGUGCAUCAUAAAUGGCUCAGAGUGUCGGGGAAGGUGGGCUGGUCCCAAUGGAGGAAUCACAAAUUUCGACAACUUCUUCUUCGCCAUGUUGACCGUGUUCCAGUGCAUCACCAUGGAGGGAUGGACUGACGUGCUGUACUGGAUGAACGAUGCCAUUGGGUUUGAGCUGCCGUGGGUGUAUUUUGUUAGCUUGGUGAUUUUUGGCUCCUUCUUUGUUCUCAACCUCGUCCUGGGAGUCCUCAGCGGAGAGUUCAGUAAGGAGAGGGAGAAGGCAAAGGCUCGUGGUGAUUUCCAGAAGUUGCGAGAGAAGCAGCAGAUGGAGGAGGAUCUGUGUGGGUACAUGGACUGGAUCACUCAGGCUGAGGACAUGGAUGAACUGGACGAGGACGGAAACCCACGGCCAUCUCUGGGCGAUCUGGCUGAUAAGAAGAGAGGGAAGUUUGGAUGGUUCAGUCACUCCAACGAAACUCAUGCGAGUCUUCCUGCCAGUGAAACGGCGUCUGAAAACACAGAGAACAUCGAUGAGGAGCACACCAACUGCUGCCAGGCCUGCUGUCAGCACGUUAGACUCACCUUCACCUGAACGACUCUCUUUCUUUGCCUCAGUCGGACGUUACGUCGCUGGAACCGAGUCUGUCGCAGAAACUGUCGCACUGCCGUCAAAUCCGUAACUUUCUAUUGGCUGGUUUUGCUGCUGGUCUUCCUCAACACCUCCCUCAGCGCCUCUGAGCACUAUAACCAACCAGACUGGCUGACUCAAGUCCAGGACAUUGCCAACAAGGUGCUGCUGUCUCUCUUUACGGUGGAGAUGUUGCUGAAGAUGUACAGUUUGGGUCUGGCCCAUUACUUUGUGGCGUUCUUUAAUCGUUUCGACUGCUUUGUGGUGUGCGGUGGCAUCGUGGAGACCAUCCUGGUGGAGCUGGAGAUCAUGCCUCCUCUGGGGAUCUCUGUGCUGCGCUGCGUCCGUCUGCUGCGGAUCUUCAAGGUGACACGGCAUUGGACGGCUCUGUCCAACCUGGUGGCAUCGCUGCUGAACUCCAUGAAGUCCAUCGCCUCGCUGCUGCUCCUCCUUUUCCUCUUCCUCAUCAUCUUCGCCCUGCUCGGCAUGCAGCUGUUCGGAGGAAAAUUCAACUUUGAUGAAACGCAGACCAAACGCAGCACAUUCGACGCUUUCCCGCAGGCGCUGCUCACCUGUUUCCAGAUCCUGACAGGUGAGGACUGGAACAUGGUCAUGUAUGACGGCAUCAUGGCAUACGGCGGCCCCGUGUUUCCUGGGAUGAUCGUCUGUAUUUACUUUGUCAUCCUCUUCAUCUGUGGUAACUACAUCCUGCUCAACGUCUUCUUGGCUAUCGCCGUGGACAACCUGGCAGGAGGAGACAGUGAUGACAAGAAAAAAGAUAAGAAGGAGGAGGGAGCAGAGGAGGAAGCUACAGAAGAAGAAGUGAAGGUCGAUGUUGAUGAAGACACUGAGUAUGAAGAGGAAGAGGAGCUUCCUGAAGGAGAUGAAGAGGGAGGAGUCCAGUUAAAGAUGGCCGAUCUUGCUCCUCCUAAAGAGAAGAUUCUCCCGAUCCCAGAAGGAAGCGCCUUCUUCUGCCUCAGCAAGACAAACCCUAUCCGUGUGGCCUGCCACACUCUGAUCCAUCACCACAUCUUCACCAACCUCAUCCUCGUCUUCAUCAUCCUCAGCAGCUGCUCAUUGGCUGCCGAGGAUCCAAUCAGAGCCCACUCCUUCAGGAACAAUAUUCUGGGCUAUGCAGACUACGCCUUUACCUCCAUCUUCACUGUGGAGAUUCUGUUAAAGAUGACGGUCCACGGAGCGUUCCUCCAUCAGGGCUCGUUCUGCAGGAACUGGUUUAACUUGUUGGAUCUCCUGGUCGUCAGCGUCUCUUUGGUCUCCUUCUUCCUGCACUCCAGUGCCAUCUCAGUGGUGAAAAUCCUCAGGGUCCUCAGGGUGCUCCGACCUCUGAGGGCCAUCAACAGGGCCAAAGGACUCAAGCAUGUGGUCCAGUGUGUGUUUGUGGCCAUCAGGACCAUCGGAAACAUCAUGAUUGUCACGACCCUGCUGCAGUUCAUGUUCGCCUGUAUUGGAGUCCAGCUCUUCAAAGGUAAAUUUUACCGCUGCACCGAUGAAGCCAAACACACCCCCGAACAGUGCAAAGGGACCUUCGUGGUGUACAAAGAUGGAGACGUGAGCCAUCCGAUGGUCAGAGAGAGAAUCUGGAUGAACAGUGACUUUAACUUUGAUAACGUCUUGAUGGGGAUGAUGGCGCUCUUCACCGUGUCCACCUUUGAGGGCUGGCCCGCUCUGCUCUACAAAGCCAUCGACGCCAACGGCGAGAACUCUGGUCCCAUCUACAAUUACCGGGUGGAGAUUUCCAUCUUCUUCAUCGUCUAUAUCAUCAUCAUCGCCUUCUUCAUGAUGAACAUCUUUGUGGGUUUUGUCAUCAUCACCUUCAGAGAACAGGGAGAGCAAGAAUAUAAGAACUGUGAGCUGGACAAGAACCAGCGUCAGUGUGUGGAGUACGCUCUGAAGGCUCAGCCGCUGAAGCUUUACAUCCCGAAGAAUCCGGUUCAGUAUAAGUUCUGGUCCAUCAUCAACUCGACAGGAUUUGAAUACGUCAUGUUUGUCCUGAUCCUUCUCAACACCGUCACUCUGGCCAUUCAGCACUAUGAACAGUCCAAAACCUUCAGCUACAUCAUGGACAUCCUCAACAUGGUGUUCACUGGACUCUUCACUUUGGAGAUGCUGCUCAAGCUGGCAGCUCUCAGAAUAAGGCAUUACUUUGUUGAUGCCUGGAACUCGUUUGAUGCUCUGAUUGUGGUCGGCAGUGUGGUCGACAUCGUUGUCACUGAGUUCAGCAGUGGAGAGGACAGCUCCAGGGUGUCUAUCACCUUCUUCCGGCUGUUUCGAGUAAUGCGAUUGGUCAAGCUGCUGAGUAAAGGGGAGGGCAUUCGUACACUCCUGUGGACUUUCAUCAAAUCGCUGCAGGCUUUGCCAUACGUUGCUCUACUUAUUGCCAUGAUCUUCUUCAUCUACGCUGUCAUCGGCAUGCAGACAUUUGGGAAGAUAGCGAUGCAGGAUUACACUCAGAUCAACAGAAACAACAACUUCCAGACAUUUCCUCAGGCUGUUCUCCUCCUCUUCAGGUGUGCUACCGGUGAGGCGUGGCAGGAGAUCAUGUUAGCCAGUCUUCCAGGUAAACGCUGCGACCCCGAGUCAGACUACGAACCAGGGGAGGAGUUCAGCUGCGGCAGCAACUUCGCCAUUGUUUAUUUCAUCAGCUUCUUUAUGCUGUGUGCUUUCCUGAUUAUCAACCUGUUUGUUGCUGUCAUUAUGGACAACUUUGACUACCUGACACGUGAUUGGUCGAUUCUGGGGCCACAUCAUUUGGAUGAGUUCAAGAGGAUCUGGUCAGAAUAUGAUCCAGAGGCCAAAGGUCGGAUAAAACACCUGGACGUUGUUGCUAUGCUGAGAAGGAUUCAGCCUCCUCUGGGUUUUGGGAAGCUUUGUCCUCACAGAGUUGCCUGCAAGCGUCUGGUAGCGAUGAACAUGCCUCUGAAUGCUGAUGGGAUGGUGACCUUCAACGCCACGUUAUUUGCUCUGGUUCGCACUGCCCUUAAAAUCAAGACCGAAGGUAUCCCUGAGCAGGAGAACGAAGAGCUGAGGGUGAUCAUCAAGAAGAUCUGGAAGAGAAUGAAGCCAAAACUUUUGGACGAAGUCAUACCGCCACAUGAAGAGGAGGAAGUAACUGUUGGGAAGUUUUAUGCCACUUUCCUCAUCCAAGACUACUUCAGGAAGUUCAGGAGGAGGAAAGAAAAGGGAGAUCUGACCGGAGAGAACGACUCACCCAACCAGUCUGCUGUCCAGCUCUGUAAAGCUGGUCUGAAGACUCUGCAGGAUCUGGGUCCAGAGAUGCGCCUGGCUCUGAACGAAGACCUGGAGGAGGAGGAGGAGGCCAUGAUGGAGGACGAGGAGAUGGAGGAGAAUGCUGCAUAUAAGGCUGAAAAUGGUUAUGCAGAGAAAGAUCGACGUGGCUCUUUACUGACACCUACUGGUCAGGGCGGUGUUGUGGGUGACGGCAGCGUCUCUAACGGAGGUCUGAUACACCGGGUCGGGUCUCUCACCAAGAUGGCAAACGGCAGCGAUCACGACGAACAUCUUCGCUGGGGAGACAGCGUGAGGUCAUCCAUUAAUCGACAUCCCUACCGCCGCUCAUCCGUGAAGAACGGCCUGCUGGACCACGGCCACAAAAGACCGUCAUACUCCAAACGAAGAAGGGACUCACGGGACAGAUUGUGGAGGAACGGAGACAUGGAGGCUUGUGGCGAGCAGGGUUACUACAGCAGAGAAGAAGACAAUGACAGCAUCACCUCCAGAGAAAGACAUUAUCCUGAUGAGCCUCCUCUGUACAGAGACCAUUAUGAUGGCCACGCCUCCUAUACCAACAGUAGCUAUGGUAAUGGCUACAGCGAGGGGAGGAGGACGACCAGAAGACGCCUACUUCCUGCCACACCCACAGGUCGGAAGCCGUCGUUUAACAUCCAGUGCCUGAGGAGGCAGGGCAGCAGCGACGACCUACCGAUCCCCGGGACCUACCACCCGACAUCGCCGCCGCGUCGCACGUGCACACAGCAAACGUUCAACAGCUUCGAAUCUCGUCACUCCUCCGGUCGCUCCAUGGCGGCCUCCUCGGCAUCCUGGGCGAACCCUUGCCCUCGCCGCGGUCGCCUCCUCUAUGCUCCUCUAAUCCUGGUGGAGGAGGAAGGAAGCCCACCCUGGGGAGGAGGAGGAGGACCUGCGGGUGAAAUAAAGAAGGCAGGAGCAGGAAGAGGUGUCAGCGUGACAGGUGCGGCACCCAGACCAGCCUGGUACGGCGGCCCUGCAGGGGCAUCAGCUCCGCCCCCAUACAGGGCGUACACAACCCUCAGAGUCCCCUCUCACCUUGGAGCACCGUUCACUGAGAAAAGAGGGUCAGCUGACAGUCUGGUGGAGGCGGUUCUGAUCUCAGAGGGCCUCGGUCUUUACGCUCGAGAUCCAAAGUUUGUGGCAUUUGCGAAGAGGGAGAUCGCUGACGCGUGCCACAUGACAGUGGAUGAGAUGGAGUCGGCUGCCAGCGACCUUCUUGGCUCAGGGAGCCACAGCUUUCUCAGCAACGCUGCCAGCGACCAAGCUGCGCUCUAUAGCGAUGAGGAGCCAAUCAGGACAGGCCAUGACGAGGAUGAGCUGGCUGAUGAGAUGACCUGUGUGACAUCAUUCUGAGGCUCUGGACCAAUCAGGAUAAAGAUGGAGAUGGGACAUCUGCAAUCAGCAGGAGCCAUGUUUAGAAUGUGACUUCCAGGACAUCAAACCAGUUAGAGGAAGGAGUCGGGGAGUAGUUAAUUUAAAGUUUUGAUGAAUGAGGAGAGAUCGAGGUCUCUGUUGAGGGAUGGAUGAAGAGGAUGGAGGGAUCAGGAGAAGGAAUGAAAUCAAGGGAGAAGGAAGAAAAUAAAAAAGGAUGGAAAUCUGGAUACAAAGGACAAAUGGAAGAAGGGAAGGAAGAACAAAUGUUAAGAAAGGGUUAAAAAUGUCACAAGUUAGGAAAACAAUGAAAGCA